UCAGGCAAUCGCCAUUUUGUCAGAGUCUUUUCAAAUGUUGUCCCUUCCCGCCGGAAUAAUGCAAUCACUGGAUAUACCUUUGACAUUUGUGUUGAAAACGAUGCGUCGAAUGGAUCGGAUUAGGACAAGUAAAAGGCAAAUGAUUUAGCAUAGUUUAAAUAUAUCUAGUGGGAGCCGCACUUAUAGUUGCCAGUGUUUCUGGUCUACCGGGCCGGUUCACUGCGCAGGUUUGGGACGCGCGCCAUUUUGUGAAAAUUGACAUACAUUUUUUUGUCCAAAAUAAGCGUGUAUCUUAGGGCAUGAUAUUGGUUUCAUAUUUUGGGGUCUUCAUUAUUUUUCGUUAUGGAUGCCUACGUCCGUGUUUCCCGUGGUGAGCUUGCAAGAAAACGGAACAAUUUGAAUGUAGCUACCUUUUAUUUAGCGUUUGAAUUCCUAGCUACAGAAUCGUGUUAGCUAACUGGCUAACCGUCGCUAGUUAAUAGUAGCCACGUUCGUUUAGUCAACUAGAUAGCUAGCUGGCGCUAGUCGUCAGCUGAUGCUAGUCGAAGUUGGGUGGAUAACAAAUUUUGUUGGUUGGGGACGCAUUUGAUCGUCAAGAAGUUUUACUUGGAUGGCCAUUUUUUUUUACUUGGUUUGCCAGUGGAGAAGACUUUUCACCUUCGCGUUUCGGGAAUUAGGUUGACUGUGACUGACUUAACUUAGCCGACGACAGUGGGGGCGGAGAAGCUCAAGCUGGAUAAGUUGCCCUAUCAUACAGGUUAAUUGACUUUAAAUGAAGAUCGUGCCAUCAGAGACGAAGCCAGACUGCCACCGACAACUGCUCUCGAGAAGGCUAAACUGAUGAUUUGCUUUCGAAAUUCCAACCAUGGCGAGAAAUACUCCAUCACCUUGGGUUGUGGUUUGCUGCUGGACUCUCCUUCCAGGAUGAUAUGACAUUUUACAGGAGACGAUGCAUCCAGGAGGAGAGACUUCAGCAUGCAAACCUUCGUCCGUCCGGCUUGCGCCCUCUUUUUCUUUCCACGCUGCUGGUCUUCAGAUGGCUGCUCCAAUGCCCCAUACGCACCAGCAGUACAGUGACCGCCACCAGCCGAGCACUGACCAAGCUGCUGCGGUCCUACCGUACAGCGACCAAACGCAACAGCUCACUGCCAACCCGAGGCACAUGCCCCAGUGCUUUCGUGACCCUACUUUGGCUCCCCUGCGGAAGCUCUCUAUAGACCUUAUCAAAACCUAUAAACAGAUCAAUGAGGUCUAUUAUGCAAAAAAGAAGCGACGGCACCAAACAGGUCAGGGUGAAGACUCCAGUCACAAGAAAGAGAGGAAGGUCUUCAAUGAUGGCUACGACGAUGACAACUACGAUUACAUUGUCAAGAAUGGGGAGAAGUGGAUGGACCGCUAUGAGAUUGACUCCUUGAUAGGCAAAGGGUCAUUUGGACAGGUUGUAAAAGCUUAUGACCGUGUAGAGCAGGAGUGGGUUGCCAUCAAGAUCAUCAAGAACAAGAAAGCUUUUCUCAAUCAAGCCCAGAUUGAAGUGCGCCUCCUAGAGCUCAUGAACAAACAUGACACUGAGAUGAAAUACUACAUAGUUCACCUGAAACGUCACUUCAUGUUUCGGAACCACCUCUGCCUGGUGUUUGAGAUGCUCUCAUACAACCUGUACGACCUGCUGCGAAACACCAACUUCCGUGGUGUCUCUCUCAACCUGACCAGGAAGUUUGCUCAGCAGCUUUGCACUGCGCUGCUGUUCCUGGCCACACCCGAGCUCAGCAUCAUCCACUGUGACCUGAAGCCAGAGAACAUCCUGCUGUGCAACCCCAAGAGGAGCGCCAUCAAGAUAGUGGACUUUGGCAGCUCCUGCCAACUGGGACAGAGGAUAUACCAGUACAUUCAGAGUCGUUUUUACCGCUCCCCAGAGGUGCUGCUGGGCAUGCCCUAUGACCUGGCCAUCGACAUGUGGUCCCUUGGCUGCAUCCUGGUGGAGAUGCACACUGGGGAGCCCCUCUUCAGUGGAGCCAAUGAGGUGGACCAGAUGAAUAAGAUAGUUGAAGUUCUUGGUAUCCCCCCCAAUCACAUUAUGGACCUAGCCCCAAAAGCCAGGAAGUUCUUUGAGAAGCUAUCGGAUGGCACAUGGAGUGUUAAGAAGACCAAAGAUGGCAAAAGGUAUAAGCCUCCAGCCUCUCGGAAGCUCCACUCCAUCAUGGGUGUAGAGGCCGGUGGUCCAGGUGGCCGGCGGGCGGGGGAGUCUGGCCAUGCUGUUGCUGACUAUUUGAAGUUCAAGGACCUGAUCCUUCGGAUGUUGGACUAUGACCCCAAGAGCCGCAUCCAGCCCUACUACGCCCUGCAGCACAGCUUCUUCAAGAAGACUGCAGACGAGGGGACCAACACGAGCAGCAGUGUGUCUACCAGCCCAGCGCUGGAGCAGUCCCAGUCCUCUGGAACCACCUCCAGCACCUCCUCCAGCUCAGGAGGGUCGUCUGGGACAAGUACCAGUGGUAGAGCAAGGUCAGACCCUACCCAUCACCACCUACACAGUGSAGGGCACUUUGGGGCAGUAAUGCCAGCCAUCGACGGUGACACCCUCUGUCCACAGGCAAGAAAGCCUUACCCUCCCCCAUUGGUGUGGGGAGGUGGGGUCGGACCAGAGCCGGUGACCGGAGAGACCCACCCAGUCCAGGAGACCACCUUCCACGUCCCCCCUCAGCACCCCAAGGCCCUGCACCCCCACUCCCACCCCCAUCAUCACCACGGGCAGGUGAUGGCCACACGGCCCCGCCCGCGGCACUACACCUCCCCCACACACAGCUCCUCCACACAAGACUCCAUGGAGGUGGUGCAUGGCCAUCUGUCCAUGACCUCCCUGUCUUCCUCUGCCUCCUCUUCCUCCACAUCUUCCUCUUCCACUGGGAAUCACGGCAACCAGGCCUACCAGCUCCGCCACCUGCCUUUUGGGCAUCAUGGCGGGCUGAGCAUGGGGAUGGGCGCCUUCUCGAAUCCCCGGCAGGAGACAGGCAUGGCUGCCCACCCCGCUUACCCCAUGGGCACAAACACGGGGCCGGCUCACUACCUACCGGAGGGCCACCUGGGCUUGAGGCAGGGCAUGGACCGGGAGGAGUCUCCCAUGACUGGAGUGUGUGUGCAGCAGAGUUCCAUGGCCAGCUCGUGACUGCACUGACAUUUGGCUGUGUUCCCCCCUGUGCGUCGUUUUUAAGGUGGUGUUUUUUACAACAGGUGUGUCGAACAAAAGCUGCUCACGUCAGAAGGGAGAUAUCACUCAACCGCUACUAAAGAGAAAACCCUUUGUUAAAAGAAUGUGAUUUCCUUCAUUUUUCUUUUUGCAAUCAUUAGGCACAUGAUAAUGUUGCAGAAUAAGCAUAGUAAAAUUGAGGCAUCCAUCUACCAUUUCACAAAAUUCAUGUAACAAAUAACCACCAUCUGGUAUUAGGUGGCAAAAUCUACUGGUGAGCAUUUGGGGAUGAAGUUAGAAGCAGUUUUACAGGUAGCUGUCUAAUGAAAUGCUAACACAUCCUCUUAUUUCAAACUGGAAUUUCUGACAUUUUUCUUCCACAGGUUGUUGAUUGUUUUACCCUUUUUUAAAGUGAAUUUUCACAGAAGAGCUGCUUUUAAAACCUUUAGCUUGACCAGGAGGAAAGUGUUUGCGGUGAUAUUUCGUGUUGUCUGUCGGUAUUGUGUAACUCUGUGAGAGGGGAGCACAUAGCAGUGGAGUUCCUAUAGUGUGCGCUGGCCCAGACAGUGGAGGGGAUACCCUGCGGGUGAAAGAUGUCGGGGGGGAGUGCUGGCCCCCUGGGGGCCUGGUGAGCUGGUCCCGGCCCUGGCCUGGCACAGACGAGAGAGCAGAGAUGGGCUCUGGAGAAGAAAAGGGUCCGGCCCAGCGUGAGGAAGACUGGUUCAGUCAGUGGCUGGUUCUCAGAUAACCUUUUGGCCUUACGACUCAUGGACUUGGAAUGGGUCGGAGCUGGAUAUUAUCAUUUGAAUUAAGAUGGCUUUCCACUAUUUUUAUCUGUAGACAGCCCUUAAUUGUUUAAGGAGAAUAAAAAUUAUAGAAAAGGGUCAUUUAAGAAUGAAGAUUUGAGGCCUUUCUCUACAAAGAUUUCUCAUCUAUGGGGCCCCWCGUUACAGGGUCUUCUUGUACACACCAAUCUCCUAAACAUUACUUCCUUCAAAUCUUGUUCACAGUUUAAGGAUUUUGUGGUGAAAAAAAAUAAAAUCCCUUUUUUCCAUUUUUUYCCCCGUUUGCAUGUAGUUCCUCAUCUGAACACCUGCACAAAUGUCUCCAUCUUAAACACGGAAACUGAAGAGGGAAAAAAAUGUUAAGUGACUGCCUUUCUUUCUCCUCAAAUUAUGCUGUGAAUUUUACAAGAAUUUAUUUCCCCUUUGGAUAUUUUUUUUAUACCAAAGCAGUUUUAUAGCAUAUUAGGUGUCUGUAACCAAUAAUGUAGCAGUUCACCACUUUUGACUCAGUUUAUCAAGAUCUUAUUUUAACGUCAAUACAAAACCGCUGCAAUAUAUUGCUUUAGCAAAACUGGAAACCGUUAAGUUCAACAACUGUUAGCUACCGUAUAUUCUAAACAGAUUUGAUUUCUAUGUUUUUCCCAAACCUGUUUCCAUAUUAAUUGGUAGAUUAUUUUUGGGAGUCUCUUUUAACCUUGGUAUGUAUAGAGACAUUGGUAGUUACUCUGCAGGCUCCGGAGUAGCAGAAUUAAAAGCUGAUGGUUCAACGUAGACCACUGCAUUCUAUUUCUGCAUUUCUCCCACUUAUACUAUUUUAAAGGGUUUUGCUGCCUUUCAUACAUAAUUUGGCAACAUGCUAGCUACUGCCAUAAAACUCAAGACUAUUGUAGUCUCAUUACCCUGGCAGUGUACAGACAAUUGCAGUAAAUAUGAUUUUCUAAGUGAUUUGGAAGUGCACCUCCUUGUGAGCCUGGUCCUAUUCAAAUGGGAAGGGUACCAGUCAGCCCUCUUGCUAAUGUCCUGAGCAUGUGUGCAACUUUGGCAGACAUGCAUGUCUGUAGAACUCUACCGUUAGUAGAGGCAUUUUCGUUCAUUUUAUUUUAUAUCAGGGAUUUUGAAGUGCUUUUUUAAUGUUUUUAAUUUUUACUCUGGAAACUAACAAGACCAAAGUCCUGCUCAUAACAGCCUUCUUAGUUACACACAGACCGCAGGACACUUCUAUUGUCAUAGUUCAGGGGAGAGACCAUCACGAGGAAAAAUCAUGUUUGGUAUAACCACAAACUCAAAUGUAAAGCUACCUGUAAUGAUAUUUAAAUUUUAUCUGAAUGUUUAGGUUAUAAUCACAAUCAUUUUUCAUACCCCUCCAUGAUUUUUGAGACUCAGAAACUGCCAGUGGUUUUGCUGACACUCAUACUGGUACUAAACAUUCCAAAAUAAAGAUUUAAAAAACCUCUUAAGUGUGAGCCUGUUUCAGAUCAUGCUGAUUGACCUCUGAUCUAGAGCAGUUGUCAUGAAAUGCAGCCCCUUUUUAAUAGUGGAAAUAGAAUUUAUGUAUAUAUUUAUAUUUUUUUAAUAAAGGAAGUAUAGAACUCACUACCUUGCUCCUGCUGGUAUGUUGAUUAUGUUUGUCAAUUUGGUGACCGUUCAGUGGGCAAGAUCUCAGUUUUCUUAGUCAGUGGUGUAACGUGGCCUCUGGGCAGAGGUACUUGACUACAUCAGGACAACACUAUGAGGUAGGGUUUGAAUCAAACAGGGAAAGCUAGAUCUUCAAACCUUAAUUUUUACAGGGUAUAUUGUAAGUGCAUGUACAUCCACAGACUUUACUUUUUGGUUGUAUGAGAAGCACAUGGUUGGGGAAAAAGUGGUUCCAUUUUCAAUAAGGCUGUUUGUGGGUUUCACACAAAUGUUUGAGUACUUGUUGACAUAUCCUCACCCUACAGAAGCCCAAGUCCUCUGAUUUUCAUUUGAAUAUAUUUUCCUUAAAUUUUUGAUUUCACAUUUUAUAAAAAAUUUGUACAUGCACUAUAAAACUGAACAGCAUGGAGAAAAGGAUAAGUCCAUGUAUCCACAGAUUGUAAGAUCUAGUCAAGACUUUGCUGUGUAUAUGACAAUGCCCUUUGUAUUAUAUUAAGACCRUCUUAUGUAUGAUAUAUAAAAAGAAGUUAAUUGAACUGUUGUGAGCCUCUGUUCCUCUACACUUCUUCACACACACCAGUGUGUAUUUCUUCCAGGAAUACACUGUCUUGUACCAAUGCUAUUACCACCACAAA